AUGCAGCAGGUGACGGGCCGGGGCAGCUGUGCGGGGCCGGGACGCGCGGUGCACGGGCGGCGUGGGGCCGGGACGUGCGGUGCACGUGCGGCGUGGGGCCGGGACGGCGGCGCGCUGCCGGAACGGGCGGCGCACGGGCGGCGUGGGGCCAGGACGGGCGGCGCACGGGCGGAGUGGGGGCCGGGACGACGGCGCGGGGCCGGGACGGGCGGCGCACGAGCGGCGUGGGGCCGGGACGGGCGGCUCACGGGCGUCGACGGGCUGGAGCAGCGGCGCGCGCGGGCACGGCGCCUAAGGGGGCGACGACAGGGAGGGCAGCGGGAUGGGGGCCAGCCGGGGGCGACCCGGGCACUCCAGGGAGAGCAGCAGCCAGGGGGGCAGCCAGGGGUCACUGGGGCACCCCAGAGAGCGAAGCAGCCAGGGGGGCAGCCGGGGUCGACCAGAGCACCCCAGGGAGCGCAGCAGUCAGGGGGGCAGCCGGGGUUGACCGGAGCACCCCAGGGAGCGCAGCGGUCAGGGGAGCAGCCGGGGUUGACCGGAGCACCCCUGGGAGCGAAGCAGCCAGGGGAGCAGCCGGGGUUGACCGGAGCACCCCAGGGAGAGCAGCAGCCAGGGGGGCAGCCGGGGGAGACCGGGGCACCCCUGAGAGCGAAGCAGCCAGGGGGGCAGCCGGGGUCGACCGGAGUACCCCAGGGAGCGCAGCAGUCAGGGGGGCAGCCGGGGUUGACCGGAGCACCCCAGGGAGCGCAGCGGUCAGGGGAGCAGCCGGUGUUGAUCGGAGCACCCCUGGGAGCGAAGCAGCCAGGGGAGCAGCCGGGGUUGACCGGAGCACCCUUGGGAGCAAAGCAGUCAGGGAAGCAGCCGGGGUUGACCGGACCACCCCUAGGAGCGAAGCAGUCUGGGGGGCAGCCGGGGGUGACCCGAGCACCCGAGGGAGAGCAGCAGCCAGGGGGGCAGCCAGGGGUGGCCGGGGCACCCCAGGGAGCGCAGCAGUCAGGGGGGCAGCCGAGGGUGACCCAAGCACCCCAGGGAGAGAAGCAGGGAUGGGGGCAGCCGGCGGCGACCGGAGCAUCCCAGAGAGAGCAGCAGCAAGGGGGGCAGCCGGGGGCGAUCAGAGGGCCCCAGGGAGAGCAGCAGCGAGGGGGGCAGCCGGGGGUGACUGGAGCACCCCAGGGAACGCAGCGGCCGGGUGGGCAGUCAGGUGUGACGGGUGGAUCCCAAGGAGAGCAGCGGCCAGGGGGGGAGUUGAUGGACAACCUGGAGCAGCAGUUGGUGGAGUGGAGCCGACUUUUGGAGUUAGAUACUCCCAUGGCGACUGCGGAGGAGCCAGAGGAAGACGGAGAGCCUCCCAUACCGCCUUUCCUAUGCCCUCGUUUUCCGGCGGCUGAGGCAGAGAGGCGCGCGCAGGCACUUGGCUCGAUCCCGUCCCUGGUGGAGACCGACACGCAGGAGAGACCGACGCCGCGGGACUUUGGGGACGAGGCAUGGCCCGGGGUUACCUCAUGGGACUGGGAAGCAUUUUUCAGUGUGGAGGCGGUGGGAGGGAGGACAGUGCACCGGAUCCCACAGCGGGCCCGGGCGGGGGUCUUGGACGCGCUCUGCUGCAUCUUGAAGCAUAUGAAGAGCCGGCCAGGGGAUGAAGCCGCUACCCUCCUGCUCUUGGCGUUUCCGCGCCUCAUUCUAGCCGUGCCUCCCAAGCCAAGCAUAGGUCAGAAGGCGUUGAUAAUAGAGCGGCUGGGGGCGUUCUGGGAGGGGAGGUUGUGGCGGGAGCUGUUCGACUCUGCCAUGGCAGCGGCGCGGCCAGCAGUUCGUCCACUCGCCUACACUUGCUCUGACCAGGACCCGGAUGCCAUCCGCCUGUCACGCUGCCGAGCUCGGUGUAAAGUGGAAGAGUGGAGUCGUGGAUUGGCUUGCCUUACAGCAGGAGAGUUGGCGCGACCGUCUGAGGCCAUGGUGCAGUCGCUGCAAGACAAGCACCCUGCUAGCACUGGCGAGGUACCACAGUGGGUCCGUGAUUUCACCGUCGAUGCUCCUCAGCGGCCUCUACUGACGACCGGCGUCCUGGCCAGAGCCAUUCAUACAGCCGCUCGCGCUUCAGCAGCAGGGCCAUCUGGGUGGGUCACAGAGCAUCUGCGCGACACCUUCCUCACUGAACCUUCCUGCCUUUUCCACCUAUUGGAGGUGUUCAACCAAUGGGUGGCAGGACAGGUCCCCGAGCGGGCACGGCCCUGGCUUGCCGCAUCCAACCUAGUUGGGCUUUCCAAGCCUAACGGCGACGUCCGGCCGGUGGCAAUUGGGGAGGUGCUUCCGCAUAUCCUUGCUCGAGCUCUUUGCAUCUCGCUCUGUCCUGCGAUGGCUUCCUACUUUCUGCCGUGCAACCACCUGGGAGCGGGCACCAGGGUUGGGGUGGAGAUUCUUACUCAUUCUUUCCGGUCAGCGCUGGCCACUCACCCCGAUUGGUGUGCGCUGCAGAUAGAUGUCGCGAACGCCUUCAAUUCUUUUCACCGUCAUGCGAUGUUUGAGGGGCUGCGGGAGUCGCCUUUCUCGGGGUUGAUCCCAUUCUUGCGUGUUUUCUACGGGACAUCUAGCGACCUGUACCUCCGAGCGGGCCCUUUUGUACAGAGUCUUGAGUCGGCACGGGGUUCGCGGCAGGGGGAUCCGCUCGGCCCUUUUCUCUUUACGUUCACGCAGCAGCAGGUGAUGGAGUCGGUGAUUAGAGAGUUCAGGGACAUACUUUUCCUCAGUUAUGCGGACGAUAUCUAUAUCCUGGGACCAGCGGCUAGGAUCUUAGAGGCUUUUGGGGUGCUGCGGGAGCGAUUGGAGUGGGUGGGGCUGGAGGUGCAGGCGCACAAGUGCCGGUUUUGGGAGCGCGAAGGCGGGGAUGUGGAGCGGGCACUGCCAUUGGGGAUGCAGCGGAUGGAGGGUCUCACUGUGGUGGGCGUACCUAUUGGGGAGGAGGAUUGGGAGGUGGCCCGAUUACGGGAGCGGCUUCGACAGUUGCAGGGGCCAUUGCCAUGGCUCCCCCUGCUUGACCACCCCGAGAUGGCUUCACAUCUCCUCGCCAUUGCAGUUUCAGCACGGCCGAUGUACCUGGCCCGGACUAUGCCGCCGCGUCCGGAUGUGGUGGAGGCCUUUAGGGAUCGGGUCAGCUGUCUGGAGGAUUGCUUCGAGCAGCUUUUCCCACCUGGCACUUGGGAGCAGGACCCCGACUGGUCUAGGCGCGCGCGCAUGCAGCUGCAUCUUCCUGUGCGACUCGGAGGGUUUGGGAUCAGGGCGGCGGCCUCUUUGAGCCCGCUGUCCUAUACGCGGCAGCGGCAGUUGGCUGUAGAGGAGCUCCAGGCUCGUGACGAUGCCACCCUGGCCCGUUUCACAUCCCUUCAGGGCCCGGGGGCUGGUGCAUGGGUUUCGGCGGUCCCGGCUCACUCAGAUCUCACAUUCACUGCGGCAGAGUGGGGCAUUGCUGCUGCUGUACGGCUCAGGCUCCCAAUUCAGCAACUGCAGGUUGCGGGGAGGUGUGUUUGUGGCACAUCGUAUGUUGACCCAGCAGACCCGCAUCAUGCCUUGAGAUGCAAGCACCAGCACGGUCCAUCUCGGGUGCAUGAUGAGGUGAAAUUUGCAGUGGCAAGGAUCUCUAAGGUGUCAGGGGGGGUGGUGACGAUGGAGGAUAGUGUGGUGUUGCCGAGGAAGCGGGUUGACAUGGCGGUGCGACGACCAAUGGCCGGGGAGGCUCACGCUCUAGAGAUCAGCGUCGCGGACCCGCUAUUGCUGUCUCCAUCUCUGCUAGGGCAGUGCGGUCGUUCUAUUGGUGUGGCGGCAAGGGAGUGGGAGCGUCCCAAAACGAGUGAUUACGCGCCUCUGCUUGCACGCAACCGGGGCAUGCAGUUCACUCCUUUGAUAGUAGAGACGUGGGGGUGUCUUGGCGGGCCGUUACAACAGGCACAAGCUCGUGUCAUCCUGCUUCGAGCGGCGUCUUCUAUGGGGGGGAUGAAUGUGGACUUGGUGGACCGGGAGAAUGACGACGUCGAGGAGGAGGGUGGGGCUCUUUGGGUGGAGGCCCUGUAUAUGGUGGAUGCGCAAAUGUGA